GUCCCUCUUCUUCCUCUCCGCCGGCGACGCCUUGCGCUACCACCCCUCCCCUUCUUCCUCUCCACCGGCGACGCCCUGCGCCCUGCACCAGAUCCCACCGCGCAGCACUAGUUGUUGCACGCCGCGCCGCCCUGACCUCCACGCGCACCUUGGAGCAGCAGCUGGAGAAGCACGCCGCGCCGCCCUCGACCGCUGACGCCGCCGCAGAGGACCGCCGCCGCACUUGCAGACAGGAUGGCCGGUCCCGGUGGCCGGCGAGGCGGUCGAGGCCGCGGUCCUGGGCGCCCCCGGGGCCGGGGAAGGGGCCGCCGCGGUGGAGCAGCAAGGGCCCCACGGUCACCGUCACCUGCACCCUCCUCGUCUUCGGAUGAGGAACGCUGCUUCGAGUUCCUCCUCCGCAUCGACGACGACCCACUCGGCAUCAAGAGGCUACCGGACAAGUUCGCCGAGUUCGUCGACGGCGUCGAGCCGGCGCACUUGCAGCUACGGGAGGCAGGCUGCAACUUCUGCCGCUGGUCCGUGGAGGUCCUGUUCGACGGGCAGGGCAAGAUGUACCUGCACACGGGGUGGGACAAGUUCGCCCGUGACCUCCACCUCGAGCCCGGCUGCCAGCUCACCUUCCUGUACGAGGGGGACGGCGAGAUGAUCGUCAAGGUGUUCGACGACACCGCCUGCCGUGUGCACUACCCCCACACCGGCGAAUCCGGCUCGGACACCGAUAGUUAG